AUGGUCCCUGCAUCAACUCUGCAAUCCCGGCUUGCAUCAAUCCUACCUCAGGGUCUAGACAUCAUUGCGUAUCAUUUGUCCUCUUCUCCUGCUUCAACCACUGCGCUUUUCGCGCCCUUACCCGGUCAAGAUGAAGAGCCCACAAUCUGCGAAUCACAUUUCCUCGCCAUUUCAUCACCCGAGAAGGCCGGGCUUAAGGAGGUCCUGGUCUUCGCCAUCGAGAUUUUGAUUUUCUCAACACCGAAUCUCACCACAGUAUUUGUGUCUAAGGCCGACUCAUCCGGCUUCUCCUCACGGCUUAGUGCAUCAAGAGGUUCCCCCUCUGUUGUCGCUGCGGUCACCUCUGGAUUUCUGGAUUUUCUACUUCAGCCAAGACUGAAUCAAUCAAGAGUCAUUCUGUCACUCUUUGCGCGAUCACAGAACCAGUAUCUGUUUCCCGGGAGCAUCGAAAACCCGGGGAAACAUGUUCUGGAUGACCGACAACUGAUCAAAUGGUGGUGUCGAGUUCUUGAUAGAGUCCUGCGGCUGCACAGCGACACUUCAGAUCCACCCUCCAGCUCCAGCGCCCAUCUUCUGGUCCCGGGAUGCGACAAAGGAGAGACCAAAGCAUUUUUUCCACCGUCGAGUCGCCAAGAUCCUCCCUCUGACCCCAAAUGGAUCAAUUCCUAUCCUGUCGAGCUUCUCGUGACCGAUGUCGCAAAGCCUCCCCGGCAUCUGGUGCCUCGCUUUCCGGAUGAUCCCAAGUCUCGAUUCUUGGAUGAUUUGGAUGGUGACUUUAUAGACAACCAGGGACGUUGGCGGAGUAUAAAGAGUCUCGACCAGUUCUGGGAGAUGAUGUCUUACAGACAAGAAUGUUCUGCUGGCCGACUCGUGGGGUUUUUGUGGCUGGUAUUCUCACAGGGUCAGACCACUCACACCAAACUAAGUGAGCUUGACCAAUUCGCUCAUGUAGAGUCUUUAGAAAGGCUACGUGAGCAGGCCAGUCUGCCUACACCGGGCAACUCUCAGGCGCAGGAGAACGGUGAUGCCGGGAUCUGGCAACAAACUUCGUCCGAUCUAAGUAUGAUUCGGGAAGUGAACUCACCACCUCCCUCUUCUCCGCUUGAAGUGCCCCAUGAUGAAGGUCCAUCCACCGAAAGCGCCGACGCUAAUGUGAAUGAUGGCUGCGCUUCUGCCUCAGUGCCUGGUCUGACUGAUGAAGACGUUCUGCAAGUUCAUGCUCGGCGAUUUAACGAGACAUGGGGGGAGCUUGUUCUGAGCACCACUCAAUACCAGACUCUAAUGGACCAUCUUCUACAAACAGAUUUUGCUGGCGAGGAGAAAGCGGCGGAGAGCACCAAGUCCUGGAUCCAAAAAGCCUUGGGACUAACAGGCAAACCCGGAUUUGGCUUACCGAUACAAGGUGAACACGUCUUUUCUGGGUCCGUAGGAGCUGAAAAGGCAGACUUGCAGCAGGUCAAUGUGCUGACAGCUGUGCGAAAAAAGAGGAAGGCCGAGAACAUUGACGAGAGGCCUGCAAGUUCUCAAAGCACUGAAACAACCUCCAAUGCCACGGUCAAUAUUCUUGCUGCUGGACUUGUCCGCAAGAAACCGAAAGGAUGA